AUGUCAGAUUCGGAGAGCGACUUCCUGGUGAGUUUUGCUUCUAAACAUUAUAUUUUUUUGCUACGCAAAUGUAAGCGUAAUGUCUGUAUUUCGUUGUGCAAUGAAUUUCUUUCCGGCAGAGAACAGCGCUAAGAGUCUCGCAUAAAUCUUACCAAAGAAGUUAUCUUUAUUUUACUAACAGGGGAAGUACUCCAAGUGCGACGCUCAGAUUUUCUUUAAAUUUUGCACACACGUCGGGUAUGGACUAAAUAUCAAUUCCUGAAAGUUUUAGCUCGCGCUUUGCGGGCGCCGCCGAGAUAUCGAACGAUUUUUGCGGAGUACGCUAAACGUGGAGAGCGGUCAGAAAGAAAAACGCUUUUUGGCCAUAACUUUGGCAGUUUAGUGCGGAGAAAUUCGAUUUCUUGUAGAAACAUUAUCCUUUACGCAUGAAGCUUUUCGUGACGAAAUUCGGCAAAAAGUCCUAAAUUUUGGCCGACUUUCGACCUAAAAAUCUCGGUUGUUUCUGCAAAGCGCGAGCUAGGAUUCUCGCAUAUAUCUUAGAAAAAAUUAUUCUAAAUUUGUGCCAAGUUUCAUCAAAAUCUGAGCAUCGCACUUGGGGUACUUCCCCUGUAAGUUUCAUAAUCCAUAUCUAAAUUGGUGAUUUCUCACGUAUCCGUAUCCCAUAAGUAAUACGGAUGCUUGAAUCGCUGAUGUAAAAUCACAAUUUCUCUUCCAGGACGACUCAGACUCCGACUUUGGAGCCGGUCCAUCCGCAAAGAAGCCGAAGAUUUCGAACACGCCAAAGAAGAAAGCUCCGAAGGCUGAAAAUGGAACUCCAAAGAAGACACCAGCCAAAAAGAGCACUCCCAAAAGUAAGUACAACAUCAAUAUGUCGGGAAAAUAAUGAGCACUCUAUCGCAUCGAAAAUCGCAUCGCCGCCGAGAAAAUGAAUUGUGUCGCGGCAAAGUCGAGUUGCUUCUCACUUCAGCGACGCGCUCGGCUCAGUGAAAUUGUGUUCAUUAUUUUCCCGACGGACUUUUACGGGACUUAUCCGUCUGUCGGGAAAAUAAUGUGGAUUCGUCCAAAUACAAUAGAACCACAUUAUUUUCCGAAUUCGAAUUCUCCCCUUCUUGAACACUCCCCUCAUUUUGAAAAUUGAAAAAAUGAGAUGUGACAUGUUAUACGAUGGAAAUUUUUUUCAAGUUGUAAAAAGCUUUUCGCCGUAUAACAUGUCACACUAACUUUUUUCAAAUUGCAAAAAACUUUUCGUCGUAUAACAUGUCACACUAACUUUUUUCAAAAUGCAAAAAACUUUUCGUCGUAUAACAUGUCACACUAACUUUUUUCAAAUUGCAAAAAACCUUUCGUCGUAUAACAUGUCACACUAACUUUUCUCAAUUGCAAAAAACUUUUCGUCAUGUUACAUGUCACACUAACUUUUUUCAAUUUGUAAAAAAUUUUCCUCGUAUAACAUGUCACACCUUAUUUUUUCAAUUUUCAAAAUGGGGGAGUGUUUCAAAAAAAGGCUGUAAAAAUUUCGUCUGGCAUAACGUAUUUUACAAAAAACACAGCUUACUCUCCAUUUUUCAGAAUCCGAAAAUGGCCUUCCGAAGGACUUGGCCGAAGAGGAUCUCGCCGUCUUCACCAACAUCGACAAGAAUAAGGGCAAAAACCUGUCGAUUGAGGAGAUGUAUCAACGCAAAAGUCAGCUGGAACACAUCAUGUUGAGACCGGACACCUACAUUGGGUCCAUCGAAUUCUGCGAAAAGCAGUUGAUGUGGGUCUACGAUAAGGAGGAGGAUCGGCUGGUUCAGCGGGAUAUUUCGUACGUUCCCGGACUGUACAAGAUCUUCGAUGAGAUCCUGGUGAAUGCGGCGGAUAACAAACAACGAGACCCGAAGAUGAACACGAUCCGAAUUGAUAUCAAAAAGUGAGGAGGGUGUUAUCAAAAUAGGAUUUUUUUUUGAUGAUUUCAUGCGACAUCCACAUUAUUUUCUCGACAGACUGAUAUCGAUCUGUCGGGAAAAUAAUGAGCACAAUGUCCGUCGCUGAAAUGAAAAACAUUUUGAUUUUGCCCCGAUAAAACUUGUUUUCUCAGCGGCGAUACGAUUUUCGAUGCGACAGGGUGCUCAUUAUUUUCCCUACAGAGUUGAUAAUUGUAAUAAAACAUCGGUACUCUCGCUACAGACGCUCUGUACAACGAACCCGUUUGCAACAAAAACUUUUUAUAACAAACUGUUUUAUUGGUCUCACGAAUUUUAUUGAGGCCAAGAUUAGCCCACGUACAAUGGGGGACCUGACCAGUGGCAAAAAAAACGCACUAUUUUGCUUCCAGGAAGUAUCAAAAAAUGUAGCAAAGUGCCUCCUUCUCCAAAUAAAAAGACUCGGAUUUCAAAAACGCGCCGCACGUCAAACUGAUAUAAGCUAAAACAGUCCGGUGAAUGGAUUGGUAAUUUGCCAAAAAAAAACGCGAAAAAAAGUUUUGUCGAGGAAGAAAUGGGGAAUUUUUGGGGCCAGAGAGUGCGAUCUUUCGUGUCUUUUUUCUCUCUUUCUCUGCGAAAUCAAGACAAAGUGUAAAAAACCGAUAGCGGAGAGUCUAUUCCGGUCACCGGACUCCUCAGUUUGACGUGCUCUUUUUGUCAGAGAGAGGGCACGUCCUUCAAAGCCAAGUUUUUUCACUUGGAGACGGAGGCAUUUUGCUACAUUUUUUGAUACUUCCCGGAUACAAAAUGGAACGUUUUUUGCCACUGGAUUAGGUCCGUCACUGUAGUACAAAAACUUUCUAUAACAAGUAAUCUUUGGGCCUCUUACAGUUUGCUGCUUUGAGUUUCGUUGCGUACAUACAUGUGUGUAAAUCGCUUUACAGUGAGGGACCUGAUCCAAAGGCAAAAAACGUGUCAUUUCGCAUCCUGGAAGGGACCAAAAUGACUUGAAACCCUUCCCUUCUCUAAGCUAAAAAACUCUGCUUUGAAAAGCCCGCCUUGAAGGAAAGGGCGCGCUUUUCAAAACGGAGUUUUUUAGCUUAGAGAAGGGUAGGGUUUGGAGACAUUUUGGUCCCUUCCGGGAUGCAAAAUGAGACGUUUUUUGCCAUUGAAUCCGGUCCCUCACUGUACAUAAGCUCGAGCGCACAUCAGAAACCUCUCUGCCGCACGCGUGAGGGCCUCUCUUCCAAAUCAAGUCGCUCUUUUUGUGGAGCGUGUCGUAUUUUACCUCCUCUUUUCCAGAGACAAAAACGAGAUUUCCAUCAUGAACAACGGCAAGGGAAUUCCGGUUGUAAUGCACAAAGUCGAGAAGAUGUAUGUUCCAGAGAUGAUUUUUGGGACCUUACUGACGUCAUCCAAUUAUAAUGACGAGGAGAAAAAAGUGACCGGCGGGAGGAACGGCUAUGGUGCAAAAUUAUGCAAUAUUUUCUCGACCAAAUUCACUUUGGAGACCAGUUCGAAGCAUGACAAGAAGAAGUUCAAGCAGGUAAGUUUUCAUGUUCAAACUGAAAUUUUGGUUUUUAAAAUACGUUGUUUCUAAAUGAUAUAUGCUAUUUUCAGACCUGGAUCAAGAACAUGACAAAAGAUGCGGAUCCAGAGAUUACGAAAAAUGAUCCAGAGGACUUCACAAGAGUCACGUUUUCGCCGGAUCUGAAGAAGUUCAAAAUGGACAAAUUGGACGAUGAUAUUGUCUCUUUGAUGUCCCGAAGAGCGUUUGACGUGGCUGGCUCCACCAAAGGCGUCAAGGUUUAUUUGAAUGGGAAAUUAAUUCCUGUAAGGGGGUUUUUUUUAUAAUUUUGAUUACUUUUCAAGUCAAAAAGAAUAAUAGUGGGAGUUUUUGCCAAAAAAUGAUACUUUUUUGGCAAAAAAAGAGCCUUUCUUGUCAAGUUUAGAAGCAAAUACUUCAUGCAACUGUAGAAUGUAAUGUUCUAGAGCAUAUUUGAAACUUCUAGCUUGCACUUUGCAGAAACAACUGACAUUUUUAUUAGGUCACAAGUUAACAAAAAUUUCACAUUUUUUUUACGAAUUUUGGCAUGAAAAGUUUCAUAGCUAUUUCUGCCGUAGAGAGUAAUGUUUCCACAAAAAAUCACUUUUUUCUGCACAAAACUGACAAGGAUACGGCCAAACAGUGUUUUCUCUCUGACCUCUCUCCGCGUUUCGCCUACUCUCUCCCAAAAAAGAAUAAAAUUGCAUUUGUCUUGUAAAUUAACUAGAAAUAUCGACCCUUUUCAGUGCCAAGGCUUCAAGCAAUACGUCGAGCAGUACACCAAGAACCAAACCCACGACGGAGAGCCCUACAAAGUGGCGUACGAAUCAGUAAAUCCUCGGUGGGAGAUCGCUUUGACCGUGUCGGACCGAGGAUUUCAACAAGUUUCGUUUGCAAACUCGAUUGCGACCACAAAAGGAGGUCGGCAUGUUGAUUAUGUUGUUGAUCAAGUGGUCUCGAAGUUAAUUGAGACCAUCAAGAAAAAAGUUGGAAAGUCCGGGAUUACUGUGAAGCCGUUCCAAGUCAAGAAUCAUAUCUGGAUUUUUGUCAAUGCGUUGGUGGAGAAUCCAACGUUCGAUUCGCAGACCAAAGAGACAAUGACUUUGCAGGUAAGGUAGUUUGUUUUGAGGUCAUUCUUUUGAAAACUACGUCGUAGGUUUUGGCCUAAAAUCAAAGGAAGGCUACGACUUUUUGAGUCAAUGCCAUUUUGCGCGUCUCGGCUUUGCUGGUCGGCGACAGUUCGGGUCGACGAAAAAUCAACCAAUUCGGGGCCUAGGACAAGUGAAUACCCCAAAAAAGGUUGUAGUAAGUGCCUACAGGGCCUGGCAAAGUCGUUCUAAAUGGUCGGCGGACGCUCGGCGACGGAUCGGCGAAGACUUGACGAAGACUUUCCAUUUGUCCACUUUUUGUAAUUUUAGCUAUUACUAACGUUAGUUUUCCCUACCCUGAGUUACUGUAACAUUUGCUGCAAUAACAUCCAGUAAAGCUUACUGAUUUUUUUGGAGCAUGUUUUGUUCGUUUCUUCGGUUCUGUAUGUUACAGUACCUCAGGGUCAAGAAAACAAAGGCUAGCAGUUGUGAGAUUCUAUAACAAUCUCAUACGAAUGUACAAUAUCUCUCUACCAUUGUAAUCCCAAGUCUAAACUCCGCCCACCUCGAUCUGGCAAAAUCGAGGAUCGGAUCAAAGGAUGAAUGGAAUAAGUGAGAAUGCCGGACGGUCGCGUCCGAGCCCAUCUUAUCUUUGGGUUUAGGUUAUUAUAAUAAAUAAACCUAGUAUAACUAACCGAAGUCGACAUAUAUUUUAACUCAGUAGCUAAAGUUAUAAAAUGUAGUGAUAAUGAAAGUCCCCGUAAAGUCUCCGCCGAGCCUUCGCCGAAGUUACCAACGGGUCUUGGUAGGCACUUCCUACAACAUUUUCUUUGGUAUCCACCUGUCCUACCGAUCGCUCUGGUGUUAACCCGAGCCGUCGCGGACCUGAAAACUCGGGUCGCAAAUUUUACCUGUCACUAUGUUCAAGUUAUUUGUUUCUACAUUUGAACACCUAUUUUUAAAUCCUACUCAUCAUUUUCAGGCCAAAAGUUUCGGCUCCAAAUGCGAGCCCUCCGAGAAAUUUAUUCGUGAAGCCUUGAAAUGCGGAAUUGUCGAAGCUGUCAUGUCAUGGGUCCGGUUCAAACAAAUGGAACAGCAGGACAAGAAAUGCUCGUCCAAGAAGACCUCAAAACUCAAGGGCAUUCCCAAACUGGAGGAUGCGAACGACGCCGGCACCAAGAACUCCCAUCUUUGCACAUUGAUCCUGACUGAAGGAGAUUCCGCCAAAACUAUGGCUGUCGCGGGGCUUGGAGUUGUGGGCCGCGAUCGUUACGGUGUGUUUCCACUGCGAGGAAAAAUGCUGAAUGUGCGUGAUGCGAAUCACAAGCAAAUCAUGGACAAUGCGGAGAUUAACGCGGUCUUGAAGAUUGUUGGGCUACAGUAUAAGCUGAAGUAUGCGACAGCGGAGGAAAUGAAGACUCUGAGAUAUGGGAAGAUCAUGAUCAUGACGGAUCAGGUAGGGAAUUAGGAGAAAAAAAAUCUUAUAGAUCAUAACAGUCUGUCAGGAAAACAUUGACCAAAUUUUGCUGGGCCAUUCGCGUCGCUGAAGUAAAAAACACACAAUUUGAUUUUCUCGGCGGCGAUGCGAUUUUCGCUGUGACAGAGUGCUCAUUAUUUUUCCGACAGACUGAAAUAAGGGUUCGAAAUCAAAACCAACUCUUACCAAUUGGAUUUCGCUGUUCCUCUAAAAUUUGUGAAUGACGCCGUUGAAAUUAUUUGCCCUAGUUUUUUCUUCAGAGCUUUUUCUUUAUGAUGCUUUAAUUCUUCCGUUCACAAAGCCGCUGAAAUCCUUUCCAGGACAAAUUGCAUAGGGCAAGAAAAUUAAGGGAUGCCUACAAAUUGAUAGCUGCUAGUCCGUUCACAAGGUCGCUGGAGUGAUGUUUGGCGUUUGCACUGUGCAAAAAACGUCAGGGUGCCGGUGGCAGUCCAAAAAAGCCCAUUGCACGGUGCAAAACGCAACAGUUUGCACAGUGUUGUGGAGCGUCAAACGUCUCCACAAUUCCCAAGCAAAUUAGCAUAAACCAACCAAUAUAAAAGCAACGUCUCGUCACCAAUUAUAGAACAUUAAUCUCAUCUCUCUUUUCCUUUGUGCGGUGGUGUCAAUAAACCUUAUUUCUAAUCUCGUGUCUAUCCUCUACCUAUCUACGUUGAUCCUACACUACACACAGUGCAAAAUGAGCUCUUGUUGUGUAUGUCGACAAAAUCACAUCAGCGACUUCUCGGAUGGACUAGAAAGAUAGACAGUACUCUAGAGGCUUACAUUGGACUAAAAAAUAUGAGACCCCUGAAGCCUCAGAAAUUGUUUGUUAUAGCCAGGCCUCGAUGCCCAGAAUUUCCCAACUUUAGAUCUAAAAUAUACGCAAAAAUUAUGGAUGUUAUACAUAUAAACUUCGUAUUUUACCUCACACUGCUAACAUUUAUCGCUCUGUUUUCAGGAUCAAGAUGGCAGUCACAUCAAAGGUCUCGUCAUCAACUUUGUCCAUCACAAUUGGCCAAAUCUCAUCAAAAACAACUUCAUCGAGGAGUUCAUUACUCCCAUCGUAAAAGCGAUCAAAAACAAAGAAGAGCUCUCCUUCUUCUCCAUCCCCGAAUACCACGAAUGGCGCGACGCGACGCCCAACUGGAGGACCUACAAGAUCAAAUAUUACAAGGGAUUGGGAACGUCGACGGCCAAAGAGGCCAAGGAGUACUUUUCGGACAUGCAGCGGCAUCGGAUCCGCUUCAAAUACGAUGGGCCUGGCGACGACAACGUCGUCGAGUUGGCCUUUUCCAAGAAGAAAAUCGAAGAACGCAAGGAAUGGCUGACCAAGUGGAUGGAGGAACGGAAAUUGCGCCGGGAAAUCGGCGAAGCCGACGAGUAUUUGUACAACAAGGAUACGAGAACCAUCUCGUAUAGUGAAUUCGUUAAUAAGGAGCUGGUCUUGUUCUCGAAUAUGGACAAUGAACGGUCGAUUCCGUCGUUGGUGGAUGGGCUGAAGCCGGGACAACGAAAGGUCCUUUUCACGUGUUUUAAGAGGGCGGACAAACGAGAAGUCAAGGUGGCACAGUUGGCCGGAGCGGUCGGCGAAAUGAGCGCUUAUCAUCAUGGCGAGGUAAACGGGUAUUUCUCAAUUUUUCGUAGUAAAAAAUAUGCGUUAGAAUACGUGAAAAUUUGUGUAGCCGAAGUUUUGCUAAAUUUGCAGCGUGCUGGAAAUUCCCUUCCCUGUCUUCAACGUUAGCUCUAUCCAAAAUCCCAAAAAAAAUCCGAUAUUUCUUGGUGAUUUUUCAACCGAAAAAGAUCAAAAAUUCUCAAUCAUUUUCAACCACAAAACACAGGUUUUCGGGGUAAAAGGGCCCUUCUUCAAAAGGCCGUAGCGACCUCAGUUAUCAGUUUGCACUUUAACAUCUUGUUAUUUCAUAUACAAAAAAUUAUGUCGCUUAAAGAUACGUAUUCCACAAACGAAGGCUCUGCGCCAGCCCCGCCGGAAGUUAUAGCCUCCGACUUUCCUUCACGUUUCUUGAAAGGCCCUGUAAAAAGUCAUGAAAUUUUUGAUGCUAAAAUUUGCAAAAAAGUGUCACCUUUUUGCCAACUUUCGAUCUCAAAAUCUCGCCCAUUUCUGCAACGUGCAAGUUGGAAGGCUCGAAUAUCUCUUUGAAAAAGUUAAUUUAAAUUUGCGCCAAGUUUCCUCAAAAUCUGAGCGUGACACUUGGGGUACUUCCCCUACAAUUUUGUCAUGCUUGAUUUAAAAAAAAAGAUAAAUAUAAGCGCUGUUUUCAGCAAAGUUUAAUGGCGACCAUCGUCAACCUUGCUCAGGACUUUGUGGGCUCCAACAACAUCAAUCUCCUCCUUCCCAUCGGUCAGCUGGGUACCCGGCUCUUGGGUGGAAAAGACGCCGCUUCAGCGCGUUACAUUUUCACCCAACUGAAUCCGGUGACGCGCGCUCUGUUCCCCGCCGUGGACGAAAACGUUUUGCGCUUCCUGUACGAGGAGAAUCAGCGGAUCGAGCCCGAAUGGUACUGUCCAAUCAUCCCCACGGUGCUUGUGAACGGCGCCGAAGGGAUUGGAACGGCGUGGUCGACAAAAAUACCGAAUUAUAAUCCUCGCGAGAUCGUUGAGAAUAUUCGACGAUUGAUCCGCGGGGACUUGAUGAAGCCGCUGACUCCGUGGUACAAAAAAUUCCAAGGAGUCAUCACGAAGCUGGACGACACACGAUACGUCUGUAGCGGUGAAAUCGCAACACUAAAUGAGGAUACAGUGGAGAUAACGGAGUUGCCGGUGAAGACAUGGACUCAAGCUUAUAAAGAGAAUGUUCUGGAGCCAAUGAUGGACGGCUCCGACAAGCAUAUGCAAAUCAUCGACUUUAAGGAGUAUCAUACCGAAGAGACAGUGAAAUUCGUGGUAAAAAUGACGCCCGAAAAGCUGAGACAAGCCGAAAGAGAGGGUCUCCAUAAAGUUUUCAAACUCCAGACCGUCAUCAACACCACAUCGAUGGUGCUGUUCGACGCCAGCGGCUGUUUGCGCAAGUUCUCAUCGCCCGAGGAGAUUUGCCAAGAGUUCUUUGACACGCGGCGCAAGGUGUAUAUCAUGAGGAAGGAGUUCAAUGAGGGAUGGUUGGACGCGCAGGCCUCAAAGCUCAGCGAAAAGGCGAGGUUUAUAUUGAUGAAAAUCAAGGGAGAACUGAAAAUUGAGAACGUGAAAAAGGCGCAGAUUGUGGUCGAGCUGAAGAAGCACAAUUUCAAGCCGGAUCCCGAGAUCAAAUGGAGAGAAGAGAGGAAGAAAAAGGAGCUGGAAGAGUAUGGAGAGGUCGCGGUGGACGAGGAGGAAGAGGAGGUAAGAAAAUUCAUAGUGAAAUUAAUAUUCACUGUGAAUGUACAGUGGCGGACCUGAUACAUUGGCCAGAGUUGAUAAUUGUAAUAAAUCAUCGGUACUCUUACUACAGACGCUCUGUACAACGAACCCGUUUGCAACAAAAACCUUUCUAUAACAAACUAUUUCAUUGAUCUCACGAAUUUUAUUGAGGCCGAGAUUAGCCCACGUACAAUGGGGGACCUGACCAGUGGCAAAAAACGUACCAUUUUGCAUCCGGAAAGUAUCAAAAAUGCAGCAAAAUGCCGCCCUCCCCAAGUGAAAAAACUGCGAUUUCAAAAGCGCGCCCACUCUUUUUGUGAGGGAAAGGGCGCGCAGUUCAAAACGGAGUUUUUUUUAGUUGGAGAGAGAGGCAUUUUGCCACAUUUUUGAUACUUUCCGGAUGCAAAAUGAUACGUUCUUUGCCACUGGAUCAGGUCCUUCACUGUAGGAUCGUUAGGAACCUAAAAAUAUAACAAAUUACACGUUUGUCUCUGGGCAAAAAAUCCUGAUAACUUUUACAGUGCGGCUAUGAAGCAUAGCUGCGAAAAUCACGAAAAAAGUCCCUUUCACAGUUUUUGUUUUUCUUUUUGCACUAACGAUAAAUUAUCAGGACGUAUUGUCUAUUGUAUCAGUUUGUCGGGAAAAUAAUGUGGGUUUGUCGCGUUUUAGAAUUUCCUAUUGCCGCUUUGCGACGGCUUGCCGCGGCUGGAAAUUUGGCGCGCGACUGGGACGAGGAGAGACAUUUUGUUGCGACAAAUCCACAUUAUUUUCCCGACAGACUGAUAGGAGUCCGUUGCGAAAAUAAUGAGAACACUGAGAAAAUUGCAUUGCCGACAAGAAACUGAAUUGUGUCGCAACAAAAUCAAAUUGCUUUUCGUUGCCGCAGCGACUACUUUGCGCUCAUUAUUUUUAACAGACUUUUGUAAGGGGUUGGCUUUUCUUUUUGGCCUAAAAUUGACUCUUCGACCCCCUGCAAUAGCUUGUAAUAUACAGUGGCAAAGAAGCGUAUCAUUUUGAUUCCGGGAGGUAUAAAAAAUGCAGCAAAAUACCUCCUUCUGCAAGUGAAAGAAAAUCCGCUUUUAAAAGCGAGGUUUUUUUAGUUGGAGAAGGAGGUAUUUUGCCACAUUUUUUGAUACUUGCCGGAUCCAAAAUCGCACGCUUCUUGCCACUGGAUCAGGUCCUCAACUGAUCACUAGCAUACAAAGUAGAAAUUUCAGCAAAUUAAUAGAUAAGAAUCUACUGUAAAGAGCCCUCUGCAAUUUUUAUACCUUUUUCGUUCAGUCCGAAGACGAUGGCCAAGCCAAAAUCCGCGACUACGACUACCUACUUGGCAUGAAGUUGUGGAGUCUGUCCAUGGAAGAGAAGGAGAAAUUGUUGGCUGAUGCCGAGAAGAUGAAGAAAGAACUGCAAACGCUGCAGCUCAAGACUUGGCAUGAUCUUUACGAAGAGGAUCUCAAGGUGUUUGAAGAGGCCUUGGAUAAACAGGUUGGUAAAAUUUUCAAUUGUAAAAUACGGCAGAAAAGAUCAAGCUUAUUUUUUUAUAUUUUAGGAGAAGAAGGAAAAAACUGACCUGGAAGAUUGUAUUAAGAAGGCCAUCGCGAAAUUGAACAAGGAUGAUUCGGGGAAGAGAGCUGGAAAGAAGUUGGCUAAAGGGAUGGUGGUAAGUCACUUUAACUGAAAACUCUUAACCCUUUCCGGAUGAGUCGGCACCUCCAUGCAGAAAUGAAAGAGGGUACCCUACUGAGUAACGGCAUAACAUGGUUCAGCCCAUCGAAGCGUUAUUUGGGACUUAUGACAAAAAAUGUCCUAAAAAGUACCCCCAGUUGACAUAACCCUUAUAAAAAUUUUCUAACGACUUGUAAAUUAGAAACUACCCCUAAGUUAAAGUCUAAGACUCCUACUACUGUUACAUCCAAGAACUGUCCAAAUCGGACCACUACAGGAUUAGUUAUCGACUUUUGGAAAUUGAAUUUUAAAUUUCGACCAAUUUUUGGCACAAAAUUGAGUAUAGUGGCAAAAAAAUGUACCAUUUUGCAUCCAAAAAGUAUCAAAAAUGCAGAAAAAUACCUCCCUCUUCAACUUAAAAAAUUCCGUUUUGAAGGGUGUCCCUCCCGAAAAAAGAGGUGUGCUUUUGAAAUUGGAGUCUUUUCACUUGAAGAGGGAGGUAUUUCGCUGCUUUUUUGAUACUUCCCGGAUGCAAAAAGAUAUAUUUUUUGCCACUGCAUCGGUCCGCCACUGCACUUUUCAAUAUUGUUUUUUACGGCGUAAAAAACGGAAUUUCCAAAAAAUUUCUUGGUCUACUGUAAAAAUAACGAUGAGAAAAAACUGUGGUGACAUUGUACAUCCUUAUUAAUAAUAUAUCUGUAUAAUUAUUUUACUGUUAGGAAUCUUACCGACGUUGUUUCCCUGGUUGGAAACAAAGAAAAUUUUUUUUGAAAUUUCAUUUCCCAACCAGAGAUUGCCACGGCUCCGGAGCCGGCUCUUGGCUCCGGCUCGGAGCGGCUCCGGUAAUUUUGGGUGCGGCUCCGGCCCCCGAGCCCAAAGUCGGAGCCAGACUUCUCAGCUUUCAGAAAAGUAAAAAUUCCAUGAUCUUGUUAUACCAAAUUGCUUGAAAAAUACUGGUAAAGAUGUGAUGCAUACUGCAAAAACGUUGGGUGUGUGAUCUCUGGCACUAAUAACUUUUUAUUUGGAAAAAUAUUUUUAAAAUUUUUCAGCUCCGGAGCCGGAGCUGCAAACUUGGCCUCGGCUCCAGCUCUGGGAGCUAAGAGCCGGAGCCGGGGCCGAAAUUUUAACCGUGGCAAUCUCUGGUUGGAAACAAACAAAAUUUGUUUUGAAAUUUCGUUUCCCAACUCACUUCGAAAGUAACUGUACCGGCCAAAUAACAGUAUUAAAAUGCCAAGUCCGGAAUAACGAAAUAUGAUGACAUAUUUGCAGGACGUAAAACCGAACCCAGAGGCAAUCCGAAUUGCUCCGACGUUGGAUGCGAUGAAAGAAAAGUACGAAACCAAAGUGAAAAAAGCGAGAGAACCCAAGGAUCCGAAUGCCACUCCAAGCCCAAGGAAGAGGAAGCUGAAAGAGGAGAAUGGAGAGAAUGGGGAGGCGGUAAGAGCGGAUUUUUUGAUAUCAAAUUCUACAAUACAGUAUAAAUAUUUUCUAGUCGCGCUUGAGGCACUUUCCUUAUAAGGAUUAUUACUCUUGAGACCUCACAAAUUUGUUAUAGACAGGCUUUCUGAUAAAAAAAAAGUUCAUUGUACAGAUCUUUAACGGUGUUUAGAUCAACCUACAGUGAAGGACACGAUCCAGUGGCAAAAAGCGUACCAUUUUGCAUCCGGGAAGCAUUAAAAAUGUGGCAAAAUGCUUCCCUCUCCAGGUGAAAAAAAAACUUUGUUUUGAAGGGCUCCCUCACAAAAAGAGCUGGCGCGCUUUUGAAAUCCGAGUUUUUUUCACUUGGAGAGGGAGGUAUUUUGCCACAUUUUUGACACUUCCCCGAUGCAAAAUGGAACGUUUUUUGCCACUAAAUCAGGUCCCCAACUGUAUUUGAAUCAUAAAUCUUAUUGCCACAUCUAAACAUGGCUCUUAGCUUUUUCAAAUUGACCUGUCGAUUUUCAGAGCACCCCUAAGAAGCCUCGCAAAGAGAAGACGACCACUCCCAAGCCGAAAAAGAAGAAAGAAUGGGCCAGCGACGAGUCUGAAGGCUCAAUUUCCUCCGAUGACGCCGAAAUUCUUCCCGCCACUCCUCCACCAAAACGAGAGACGACCGGUCGAAGAGCCGCCGCUCAGGCAAGCAAAAGCUUUGUGAUCUCGGAUGGGGAAGAGGAGGAUAGCGAGAGCGAUCUACUCCCAGCCACCAGCUCGAAAUCAACUCCAAAAGUUGCCGGAAAGAAGAGCACUCCGAAGAAGAAAGCUGCCGCUGACAGUGAGGACGAUGCUGAUUCCGCUUCGGCCGCUGAUUCUGAUGCUGAUAUUGUCGCGGUGAAAAAGCCAGUAGUUAAAAAGACCACACCAAAAAAGGCUACGCCCAAAAAGCGAGAGAUCAGCAGCGGUUCCGAGGACGAUGCUGAUUCAGCAUCAGACGCUGAUUCUGACGCAGAUUUUGAUGCAAAAAUAACGCCAACGAAAAGAUCAGCGGCUAGAAAAGCAACGCCCAAAAAAUCAGCGCCUAAAAAGAAAGUUGUCACCAUCUCGGACGAUGAUGCUGAUUCUGCGUCAGAUGCUGAUUCUGAUGCUGAUAAUGGCUCUCCAGCCAAAUCGAAGCCAGAAUCCAGCAAUGGGACGCGUAAACGGGCUGCCGCGGAUAUCAGCUACAAGGAGCCGGACAGUGACAGCGAUACCGACGCGAAACGUCAAAGAGUUGUCAUCGAAUCCGAUGACGAUGAAGUGGAACUUUGA